GUUUGCUCGAGCAGCGCGAGUGCAGGAAGAAGACCCAUGCUGACCCAAGCGCUCCUGCCGCUUCUCGUCAUGGCCACUGCCGGCUUGACGUACUACAGCGCCAUCGCUCCGACAUAUGCUUCGUGGGAAGAAGACUGGAUGGGCGUGGCCGAGGCUUCGCCCGCCAACACGAACGUGACGUGGUUUGACGACGGCGACGUGUACCGCUACCAGUUUGCCAAGUAUGGCGAGAAGAAGACGUAUUGCUUUUACCCGAACGCGACGCUGAGCUUCCGCAUGGAGCCAUUGAUGAGCCCGUCGCAGCCGUACGUCGUCCAGUGGCUUGGACAGUACGAAGAAGCGCGCGUCGUUGCCGAUAUGGCCGCCGGCUACAUCACGCAGCUCCUGGAACUCGUGCCGCCGAUUCGUUCGUUCCUCUGGACAUGGAGCGACCUGCGCAUUAAGCUCACGAGCAAAGCGCGCGACCAGCUUCAACUGUCGUACACGAGUCCCAUCUCGGCGCCGUGCCAAAUCUACGAGAACCUCGACCUGACACCGUACGUACAAGAACACGUUUCGGAAAAGCUGCAGUACGUUCUGAGCCUGUUUGAUCAAUACAUCGAAUCGUACUGCCAAGCCUGUCGUGCCGGCUGCGAACUCCCCUGCGGCGGCUCGACCGACGAAUGCCAUAUCAAGAAGAGUCCUUUUGAGUUUCCUUGUGUCACGGUGCAUGGUCCGAUAUCGGGUAUCCUUCUCGCCAACGCCCAAGUCGAGUUCAAGCUCGAGACCAUGGCCUAUGUCGACUUGGCGUUUGCGCAGAAUCUGCUGCUCGGGCUCUUUGUCUACUUUUCGUCCGAGACGCUGGCGACGUACCGCCUCUUCCACUACGCACUCGGCGCAGCCAUUGGCAUUGUGUGCUCGAUCGCGCUGCUCUUGUACCAAAUGUACAAGCAAGCCCAAAACACGGCGCGCUUGCUGCCCGGCGGCAGCUUUCUCCAGAGCGCGUCGCUCGUUACGACGAUGGCGUUUCCUGUGACCGGCCUCGUGCUGCUCCCGACCAUCUACCGCGCCCUGCGCUACGCGCUCGACUUGCUCUUUCAAUUUUGGCUCAGCGAAAGCGUCAUGGGCGUGCCGCACCUCGGGAAGCUCUACUUUUUCUUCUUUGGGCUCAUGGGCUGCAUCAUGGUGUGGUGGUUCCAGUGGUGGGCGCCCGGCGAGGAGGCGCUGGCGACGAUUACGACCAUGGACACGAACCCGGACAAGCACGACGACGACGACGUCCUGGAAGACAUUCGCCGCAUGGAGCUCGAGGAUGUGGCGCUGCCGAGUUCGCAGCAGCACCUCGCGUACUGCCUCCAGGCGUUUGGCGUGAUGCUGCUUUUGCAGAGCACGUCGUCGACGAGCAUGUCGUGUGUGGUGGUGCUCUUGGCGCUCAUGUCGUCGGUGCUCCAAGCUCUGUACACUGUGCUCUUCUUUUGGUACUGCUCGGAGACGCCGGGCACGUACACGGAACUCAUUUCAACCGACGAGUUUGCCGCGCAAGCCCAGACGGAGACGCAAAAGGCGCUCAAGGAGCUAGAAGCGUACCUCCAGACGCACAAGGAGGCGGCCCUCAAGGUCAAGAGUCGCAACGUGAACAACGUCAAGGCCUUCCGCAGAGGCCGCGACCACCUCGCAGAGGACCUCCCGGAGAAGAACAGCCCCAACCAUGCGACGCGGUCGUCGUGGUUGCGCUGCGCGAUUCAGUAGAUAGCGACGGUUGUGGAUAGCACAAGGAUGGCAAGUUAAUUUUAGCGUCAUUUUUGGUCGGGAGAUGCCGCC